AUGCUGGUAGAUAAAAAUACGACGGAUGAAAAAUUGAACACCGUUAUUUCGUUUACUGAUACUGACAUCGAUAAACAAAAUGCAGCUAAUGUUAUUACUUCAAUUAUAUCUCCUUCUGGUAAGGAAGUGAAGGUCACUGGAGAUGUUGAUGAGGCAAUGAAAUAUGCCAUUAGAAACACUGAAGAACAUAUUGAAUUAGAUCCAAAAGCUUCAAGAAGACUUUUUUACAAAUUAAAUAUUUGUCUUUUACCAUUAAUUUGUUUACUAUAUUGUUUCCAGUUUAUGGAUAAAUUAUCUAAUUCUUAUGCAAGUAUCUUGGGUUUAAGAGAUCCUAAGAUUGGUUUAAAUAUGGUUGGUGAUCAAUAUUCUUGGACUGGUUCCGCUUUUUAUCUUGGUUACCUUUUUUUUGAAUUUCCAACUUCUUUACUUUUACAAAGAUUCCCAGUGAUCACUACGACUUCUAUAUUUAUUAUUAUAUGGGGGUUUGUUUUGGCAAUGGGUCUGGUUUGUGGUUCUCACGGUUCUCAAUCUGGUUAUGCUGGUUUCAUUUUCAUUCGUACUAUUCAAGGUGGUCUUGAAAGUAUUAUUACUCCAGCUUUUACUUUAUAUACUGGGUUUUGGUAUAAAAAAGACGAAGUUUUUUUGAUUACUUCUUUAUGGUUUGCUUCGAAUGGGUUAGGUACUAUUUUAGGUAGUGGUGCAGUUGCCCAUAGUGUUUUUCAACAUCGUGAAAGUUAUGAUCUAGCUCCAUGGAAAUUGGUCUUUAUAAUUACUGGGGUUUUAACUAUUGGUUUGGGUAUUGCAAUGUUUUUCUACUUACCAAAUACUCCUGCUCAAGCUUGGUUUUUAAAUGACGAAGAAAAAAAAAUGGUUGUUGAAAGACUUAGAGAAACUAAUCAAGGUUUUGGUAAUAAACAUUUCAAAAUUCAUCAAUUCAAAGAAGCUUUUCUUGAUGUUAAAACUUGGUUAUUUUUCAUUUUUGCCUUUUGUAAUAAUAUUCCAAAUGGUGGUCUUACUAAUUUUGGUUCGAUUCUUUUAAAUGAAGAUUUAGAUUAUUCAACUGGUAAAGCUUUAUUGAUGCAAAUGCCUCUGGGAGCUGUUGAAAUUGUCGGGUGUGUUUUAUUUGCUUAUUGUUACAAAUUUUAUCAAAAAAGAUUAUUUUGGGCAACUUUGGGUACUGCAAUUACCCUUGCAUCCCAAUGUAUGUUGGCUUUCCUGAAAAAUAAUAAGGUUCAAUUAGCUGGUUAUACUCUUUACUCUCUUGGUCCAAUCGGAUUUAUUUGUGUUUUGUCUUGUAUUGGUUCAAACGUCUUGGGUACUACCAAAAAACAAACUACUAACGCUAUUUAUUUAAUUUCUUACUGUGUUGGUAAUUUAGUCGGUCCCCAAACUUUUAAAGCUAGUGAAAGUCCCGACUAUCCAUCAGCAAAAUUAGCAAUUGUUAUUUGUGGUGCCAUCAGUUUGGUCACCUUAAUCGUUCUUUGGGUUUAUCUUGAAUGGGAAAAUAAAAGAAGAGAUAAAAACCAAACUGAAUUACACAUAGAAAAUAUCGAAUUUGCUGAUUUGACCGAUAAAGAAAAUCCAUACUUUAGAUACGUUAUAUAA